AUGAAGGACCUUCGCAAAAGGUCGUCGGUCUUCGCCGAUGCGCACUUCUCGUACACAGUAGGUUGUUGUUGCCAUUAGAGAGUCACAAAAUACAUUUCCUAAUUCCUCUUUGAUGCACUAACUAACAUGUUCUAUUAGGUAAUGCUCUUGGGAGACAGUUGUACCGGAAAGACGUGUCUCCUCAUCAGAUUCAAAGAUGGCACUUUCAUGAACAACAAUUUCAUAUCAACGGUCGGCAUCGAUUACAGGGUAAACAUAAGCUUUGGUCCACAAACAAACAUUUCAGAAUAAACUAGUAGAGGUGGACAAGUACAAAGUAAAGCUACAGGUAGGCUAACCAGACCGUUAACAAAGACCAAGAGUUAAGAUCUGGGACACAGCGGGUCAAGAACGAUUUCGAUCUAUUACCUCGUCCUACUACAGAGAUGCAGACGCCCUGCUCUUGGUGUACGAUAUCACAAACCGAGGCAGUUUUGAUAACAUUCGAGUAAGUUCAGAAAAAAACUUUAGUUUGAUUUCAGAACUGGCUCACACAAGUUAAAGAAUUUGCCAAAGAAACAGUACAAAUGACGUUAGUCGGAAACAAAGUAGAUCUCUCUUCUCAACGCAAAGUCAAAUACGACGAAGCUAAGCAACUUGCCAAGGCAAGUGUAAUAAAAUAUUUAUAUUCUUUAUAAUGUAGUCAAUGUCUACUUUUUUUAAUCAGGCAUUUUCGUUAUAGGCCUAUAACAUACCGUACGUCGAAACCAGUGCCAAAACCGGACAGAACGUGAAAGAAACGUUCGAUUCUCUUGCCAGGUAAGCCCUUAUCAUUUGACUUUGAAAAUACGAUACUUAUCAAUUGUAAACUUUCAGACGUCUAAUUAUCGCCUCCCAAGGCCCCGAAGCCGACUCUGCAAUUGUUAAUCUUGCCAGUGCCGAACCCACAUCCUGGUACACGCCAACCAGUUGUUGUAGUCAAUCAUAACUCUCAAUUAUAAGUUUGCCGAAAUGAAAAUUAGCAAUCGAUAAGUAAUCAAGUUAAUUAGAGCAUUUGAAAACGAAUAUGGUAUAAUGUGUUAUUAAAUGGCUUAUGUGAAGAUUAUGGCUUACCGGGAUAGUUAUAGGGUCGAUGCAUUUGUUAAUAUUAUAAUCAUAAAACAAAAAGAGUACAAACUCGGAGGAGAGUGCGCAGAAAGUCUAGACGAGAACGCACCUUCGUACGACCAGACAAACACAAUCCACAGAAUAACACGGCUGCGAAAGAAAGAGAAGGUCCCAAGAAGAGACCGCUGGCGCGUGACAGAGAAGCCGACGGAAUGAGACACGAGCCCAGACAUAGACAACACUCGGUCUCGAAGGGUGGGAGAAAAGGGGAGAGGAAGGGGUUAGCGUUUUUCUUUUCUCCAUACAGACCCUGAAAAUUUUCAUAGUAAGGACAUUUUAUCCAUCAACGCACGGACAUCGAGAGGUGUGCAUGUACAGUAUCGUACCAGGACUACAAUCUCGUGCUCGCCGUUUUGUCUUGUAAGAACAGUGGUUUGGUUGGACGAGUAUUGUAGUACGUGAACAAAAAAUUCGUUGAUAUUCUACAGUUGUAUAAUUAGCCUUGUGUUUAUGUCAGGAAUGUCUGUGUGAUUGACUGUUGUUUUCAGGUUUACACGAACGAGGGUACGCGUUUGAAAACGGAGGAACGGUGGGAUCGUUCGCGAUUCUUUUUCACUCUUUGUUGUCCAGAUGAUUGGAAAGUAGUGGAGCAGAGAAGUACGUCGUCAAUCCUCGUUCCUAACCCCUUUUUCAGAGGUUUUGGAUGCCCGCAGACGGCACCGCAAAUCGAAAGCGUAAAUCCACGCCGGUCGAACCGGCUCCGCUGAAAAAUUCAAACCCUUCCCAGGGUGCCUCGAAUUAUCCCGAGUUGGUCGCUCACAGCAGUCACGGCACUCAACCUUCUCAAAACUGUGGUGUCAAACCCCUGGUAGAAGAAAUCUUGAUUGACGACGUAAGUUUUACCAGUCGAAUUACAUAUACGUAGUGUUGUUUAGAAACCAAGUAAUCGAUAAAUAAAAAAUAUUUUCUUCUUCGAUAAAAUGUAAAAAAUAUGGCGACAUGUCGACGCUAACAACUCUCGCAUUUUUGUGUGCCGGUUUUUUAACUUUGUGUAUUUCAAAAAAAGCACAAAAGCAAAAGGAGACAUACCCUUAACUGCUCGUAUAGGUUUGACUGCUUGUUAUAGGUUUAUAUAGGUCGUUGGAUAAAAGGUCUGUUUCAGAGCCAAAAUUGCGAGUCCAAAGUAUCAGUUGGUGAGCGCGCCUCAUACGCCGCUGAGGCGGCAAACAAGGUAAUAACACAAUCGAGGAAACGCACGUUGGACAUCGCUGAUUCUCUACCACCGUCGGCUUCAAAUUCCGUCUCCACAAUCACUCUCGACUCGGAUACCACUCCCGAGAACACGUCCCAUCCGACGUCACGCCGCAGCUUGAACAACGGCUCCAGUGUUAUGAACGCCGGCACUCAGCCUUUGCAGAUAAGUCAAAAUGAGAUGCAGGAACUAGAAUUUAUCAAUCAAGCAGUCGCGGCCAACGUCCAAAGAAUGAUCGGAGUACAGAGCAACUUGGCCAACUCCCAACUCAACUUGGUGGUCCAGAACGCGUUGCAGCAGCAACAACAACAACAAGCUUCAUCGCAUGGUUUAGAACAUUCGAUUGUCCGAGGAAAUGCCCCCUUCUCUUCCCAACACAACUUCUACGGCGGGUCCAGGAACAAUCUCCUUCCGCACAACGUUGACACAAAGCCCAAGCUCAACAUCUCAACCCAGCAAUCAUCCACAAAUGCUGGCAAACAACUGUUGAAUCCAAAGCCGAACAACAAGGGGCGUCAAGGAAAUGACGGAGAAUAUCAGGUAAGGGUUACAAACUUCUAGUUUCUGUUUUUAGUUUUCUUUCUGACAAUUCUAAUACUAAUAACGUUUUAAAAUCAUUACUUUUCAGCUGAUCAAAAACGAAGUGCUAUGCUCACCUUACGGUAAUCAGUACGAAGUUCUCGAGUUUCUGGGAAAGGGUACCUUUGGCCAAGUUGUAAAAGCCUGGAAGAAAGGAACCAAUGAAAUCGUUGCUAUCAAAAUCUUAAAGAAACACCCGAGUUACGCCAGACAAGGACAAAUCGAAGUCAACAUCCUCACUCAGCUCUCGAACGAAAACGCCGAGGAGUUCAACUUUGUGAGGGCUUUCGAAUGUUUUGCUCACAAGAAUCACACGUGUUUGGUGUUCGAGAUGUUGGAGCAGAACUUGUACGACUUCCUGAAGCAGAACAAGUUCACCCCUCUACCAAUGUAUCAUAUUCGUCCUAUACUCCAACAAGUGCUGACAGCGCUACUGAAGUUGAAGCAACUCGAACUUAUUCAUGCUGAUUUGAAGCCGGAGAACAUAAUGUUAGUGGAUCCACAGAAUCAGCCGUUUAGAGUGAAGGUAAUUGACUUUGGGUCAGCUUCCCAUAGAAGUAAGGCCGUCACUAACACGUAUCUACAGUCAAGGUACUACAGGUAAGUAAAGCAUGUUUAUUUACGUUGUUUGCUACGCAGUAACACAAUAUUCUAAUAUUAAUAAUCCUUUUUCAGAGCCCCUGAAAUCAUCCUGGGAUUGCCUUUCAAGGAAUCAAUCGACAUGUGGAGUCUUGGCUGUGUAAUCGCCGAACUCUUCUUGGGAUGGCCUCUGUAUCCGGGUGCUUCUGAAUACGAUCAGAUUCGGUUUAUCAUCCAAACUCAAGGUCUUCCUCCUCAACACAUGCUUGAGAAUGCUACGAAGACCAACAGAUUCUUCCGUCAGAUCAGAAACCCAACGCCAUAUUGGCGGUUAAAGGAAACGGCCGAAUUCGAAUCAGAGAACUCGAUCAAGUCCAAGGAAACCAGAAAGUACGUCUUCAACUGCUUGGACGACAUCACCGAACUCCAUGUCCACAACGACAUGGACAGCAUCGAUGCUAUGUGUGAGAAGGCUGACAGACAAGAGUUUGUAGACAUUCUCAAGCUGAUGUUGUCCAUGGAUCAAGAGAAGCGGUUGACGCCGUCUGGAGGGCUACAACACAAGUUUGUCAAGAUGACACACCUUUCUGACAUGGGAAGAACCAGAUAGUAAGUUAUAGUUUUAAAAAGGCGCCAUUUCUUUUACUAUUAUACCCUUAAAUAAGUAUUUUGAACUGUCUAAUGGCUAACUUAUUUUACUUUAGCUUGCAACUAUCGACUCAAAGGAUGGAAGUGUGUUACCGGACUGACCGCCAUUCUUACACAACUCAACGUAUUCGAAUGGAGAAUGCCACGCCUGCUAUCACUGCACCUUCAGCAUAUCUACCACCUUCCACUACCACCCCUAUGAUGGCUAACGCAGCCAACACUCAACAACUAGCCAGCCAAGUCGCUGCCCUCGCCGCCGCUGCUAAUAUUCCCGAGUUGAACGUAUUCCAAUCUUAUAUUAAUUCCCAGCAAUCUCAAGCGGCUCAACCUUACAUCUACCAACCGCUCACUGCUAUUUUACCUUACGGUAGGUCAAUAACAACUAAUUCAAAGUUUGUAUAUUUAGGAAGACAACCGCAAUUCGUCGGAUUCGCUGGCCCUCAAGCUGCCCCCGCUCUGAUGUCAUCUUACAUGCCCAUGUUUGUAGACCCAUUGACUGGAGCAGCACCUAGUGCAGCGCAACAACAACAGUUGGCCAACUUGGCAGCGUGGCCACAAGCCAACGGGCUGGCUACCCAACCAGCAGCUACAGCAUCCCUGUUCCCAUGGCAACCAGCCGCCGCUGUUUUCCCUCCGGAUUUUUUUCUGCAAGGCGCCGUACAAACACGUAACCCGGCCUUAUCAUUCAAUACCCAACUGUUCGCUCCGGCGCCGCAAAUCCCACAAUCCUCACAUCCCCAGGCCAAACCUGUAGCAAGCACCAUGAAAUGCCCCAUAAACGGCAACCAGGUCAUAGACCCAGUCCAAUGGGAAAUGGCCCUAAACGGCUUCAUUGGCGGCGCUCCAGCCUUCAUCGCUCGCCCAUCUCACGUUAACAAUGGCACGUUUUUUGAUCCAAUGGACGUCUCGUCGAUGCCGUCCAAUCAACCUCAAAAUUCGGCGCAUCAACCACCAGCACUUAACCUUAUCAACCCGGCUGUAGGCUCAAACCCGGUGGCUCAGUCCAAGGAGAUGAACAACCAUCGUCCUAGCAAUCCGUCUUCCUCACGGACGCUGAACAGUGUCCAACUCCCCUCCGUGAGCGGAGAUCCCGAGAUGGACAUGUCCAACUCUUUCUCUUAUAUUCAAAGAUUUGCUCCACAAUAA